AUGGAUCCUACCAACAAUGUCAUGGGGGCAGAAAAGAGUGCGGCAAAGAAAAGGAGACACAGAGCACCGAGAAAGAAACGCAACAGAAGACCGUCUUUUGCUCCCUCUGGGGAAACUACGCACUACCAGUCCCCCCUCAGUCGAGUCGAUACGCAGCCAAAUGAAGGCGACGAGGAUACGAAGAAUCCCUCCCCAACAGAGACUCGCUCUCAUCCGUUCUACAAUCUCCGAAGAGCUGGUGGAGGGAACCUUAGUGAGACCAGCCUUGAGAGUGAAGCCUUACUGGAUCACAGGAAUCAACCCAUGAUGCGCCCACGUCGAGAGAGCAGGCUAGCUCAAAGCUUCCGUCCAGACCAGCUUAUCGUAGACUCGCCGUCUAGCUCACGUACCAAAGCGCGCAGACACGAAACCUUGCCAGAGGAUGAGUUUGCCAUCGCAGAUGACCGUUCACCGUUGCUAAAUUCUACAGUUCAGAGCGGUGGGGUUGCUCGAGGUUAUGGAUCUGGUGAAUUAAGAUCGCCUUUCUCUAUGUCGGCAAAUAUGGGCGGAAUAGGCGCUCAAUCGCCACGACGCUCACCGCAGAAUAGCUACACGCCUGAUACCCUUUUGGUUCCUAGACAGGGAUAUGAUGUCAAUAACCCACCCUCUAUGCCUGGGAGCCCUAAAUUAUUACCUGAUAUGGGUUAUGAGGGCCCCGUGAUCACAGGGCCGGAAUUUGUUCGGCAACAGUCGCCAGAGGCGAUGAGUUCGACCAGUCUACCUAUGGAUGCAAUUGUCGAUGUAGAUACGGGUUCUAGAAGACCAGCGGUACAAUCUAGGCAUGGAUCGUUAUCCCGCUCCCCCCCUGACAUGCAGCGUCGUCGGACCGUCACUCUCCCGGUAGAAGAAGAUGUAUGUUUUCCUGCCAGUGGUCUUUCAGAUCUUGGCGAAGAAGACCUCCAAUCACAAGUACCAGCUGGUGGAGACACGCGAGCACGCCGACGUAGGUCACGAAGGGUAUGGCCGGACCUUUCAGUACUAGAGGAAUGGAGUCAACAGGAGAAGGAAGCCCGUUGCGGCGCAACCCGCUCCAAGAGAAUCAAUGAACCAGUUCUCAUCGGUGGAAGAUUAAGAACUCGGAAUCUUGUAUGGAAGCAUGACGAAGAAGAGGAAGCACCGUAUAGAUUCACGUAUUUCAAUGAGGACUUCCAAAGCACUCUGCAUAGCCAGACUUUAUCAGAACUUGAACAACCAGGCCAAACCUUCCGAGACCUUUUCAUUCCCGAACCCCCAAUCCUAGAGGAUGAUUCUUCAGAUGAAGAAGACGAUCCUCGUCCAUAUAACGGGACAGCUAACCGCGAUAAACCCUCGUCAGCAUCUUAUGCCAAUCACAAUUCAAACAACCCUCCAGAUCUUCUGUCAGACAACCCAGAUAUUACACCCGUAACUACAAAUGGUAAUAGUCGGAAUGAGAGCCCGCAGAAGGAGCCACGAUAUGGACCCAGGCCUACAUUCUGGCUUGAUGUCCUCAGCCCUACCGACAGCGAAAUGAGAGUCAUCGCCAAAGCAUUCGGGAUACAUGCCUUGACUGCUGAAGAUAUCAUGAUGCAAGAAGCCCGCGAGAAGGUUGAACUGUUCCGCAACUACUACUUUAUCAACUACCGGACCUUCGAGCAGGAUGUAAACAGUCCUGAUUUCCUUGAACCAGUGAACAUGUACGUGGUAGUUUUCCGCGAAGGCCUACUCAGCUUCCAUUUCUCUCGAACUCCACACCCAGCAAAUGUUCGCCGAAGGAUACGCCAACUCAAGGAUUAUCUUAUCCUUAGCGCGGACUGGAUAUCAUACGCCAUCAUUGACGAUAUCACCGAUGUUUUUGGCCCUCUCAUUCACGCCAUUGAGGACGAAGUCGACGAAAUUGACGAUAAAAUUUUACGCCUACAUUCCGACAGCAAGGAUAUUGACAACAAUGAAAAGACAGCAGGUCUUGAAGCAAGUGGUUCCGGAUCCAAUAUGCUUCGUCAAGUGGGUUCAUGCCGCAAGAAAGUCAUGGGGCUUUAUAGGCUACUGGGCAACAAAGCAGAUGUUAUCAAGGGGUUCGCAAAACGAUGCAAUGAAUAUUGGGAGGUUGCUCCGAAAUCAGAAAUUGGGCUUUACCUAGGCGAUAUCCAGGAUCACAUCCUAACUAUGACAAGCAAUCUGACUCACUACGAAACACUACUCUCUCGCGCUCAUUCCAACUAUCUUGCUCAGAUAAACAUCCGAAUGAACGAACGACAAGAGCAGACAGCCGACGUCUUGGGCAAGCUUACAGUACUUGGUACCAUCGUGCUUCCGAUGAACAUCAUCUGUGGCAUGUGGGGCAUGAACGUCAAGGUUCCUGGACAGGAUGUUGAAAGCCUCAACUGGUUUUGGUCAAUCACCGCCGGACUGGUCGUCUUCGCAGUAAUCUGCUUCUACGUCGCCAAGCGCGUUUACCGCAUUGUGUAG